UAAAUAACCUAACAACUAAUAAUUUGUACACGAAUGAAGAAAUCUAUUAGUCCCUAGGAUAGUUAACAUGGUUAUAUGAUCGUAAUCGUGAUGAAAAUUGUUUUGGUGCAGAAUGUUAGUAGAGAGAGACGGAAAUUAUUCAUGGAGAGGGCAUCAACAUUCUUCAUAGAGGUUGACGAUGUGUCGAUUACGAGCCUGAAUUUCGGAAAAGUGUUCAUGGAAUCAAUUGAAGCUAAGCAGAUUGCUCAGCAAGAGGCCGAGAGGAGUAAGUUUGUUGUAGAGAAAGCUGAACAAGAGAAGAAGAGUGCCAUCAUUAGGGCUCAGGGUGAAGCAAAGAGUGCACAAUUGAUUGGUGAGGCCGUGUCCAAAAAUUAAGCUUUUAUAGCACUAAGGCACGUUGAAGCAUCAAACACAAUCGAUGUCAAAUGCAGAUAAUCAUGUGUAUCUAAGCUCUGAUUAUCUCUUAAUCGACCUCAAGAGCUUAGAUACAGGUUACAAGAAAUGAGUCAAAUCUAAUCCAAGUACAAUUUUCAUCAAUCUUCAAUACAUAAAUUCUGUUGGUUUAGGUGAUAGGUGGGUCAUCUUCCUUCUCUUUCUCCUCCUUUACUGUAACUCUUCUUCCAAAUAAUGUUUUUUCGAGGAACAACAAAUUGAUUUAUGCUUGCAAGUUGCACAAUAGGAAGUAUGAAAAACCCAGGAGCUGCAACAACUCAA